UCCAUGGAUAAGGGUAAUUAUUCAGUGGUGUCCGAGUUUGUGUUGCUGGGACUCUCAAGUUCCCAGUAGCUCCAGUUUUUCUUCUUUGUGGUCUUCUCUGCCUUGUAUGUGGUCAUUGUGUUAGGAAACCUUCUCAUCAUCAUCACCGUGACCUCUGACAGCAGCCUGCACUGCCCCAUGUAUUUCCUCCUGGGAAACCUUUCCUUUGUUGACAUUUGUCAGGCUUCUUUUGCUACUCCUAAGAUGAUUGCUGACUCUCUGAGUGAACACAAGACCAUAUCCUUCAAUGGCUGCAUAGCCCAAAUCUUUUUCAUUCACCUCUUUACAGGAGGGGAGAUGGUGCUACUGGUCUCCAUGGCCUAUGACAGAUAUGUGGCCAUAUGUAAACCUCUACAUUACAUGAUCAUCAUGAGCCGAAGGACAUGCAUUGUCCUGGUUGCAAUCUCCUGGGCUGUGGGGUUGGUGCAUACGUUAAGCCAGUUGUCUUUUACUGUGAACCUGCCUUUUUGUGGGCCCAAUGAAGUAGACAGCUUUUUUUGUGACCUUCCUAGAGUGGCCAAACUUGCCUGCCUGGACUCUUACAUCACUGAAAUACUAAUUGUGGUGAACAGUGGAAUUCUUUCCCUAAGCACCUUCUCUGCCCUUGUGAGCUCUUAUGUCAUUAUUCUUGUCACAGUUUGUUUCAAGUCUUCUGCUGCCAUGGCCAAGGCCUUUUCUACACUGGCUGCUCACAUCAUGGUCGUAAUAUUAUUCUUUGGACCCUGCAUCUUCAUCUAUGUGUGGCCCUUUACCACCUAUCCUGUGGAUAAAGUUCUUGCCAUAUUUUACACUGUUUUCACUCCCAUCCUGAACCCGAUUAUUUACACACUACGGAAUAGAGACAUGAAGGCUGCCAUGCUAAAAAUAGCUGCUCACUACCUCAAACCUUCCAGAAGUUCAGAAAUGCCAGUAGCAGUGAGGAUUUCCUACUAUUGA